CCAACGACUGGUUGUUUUAUCAUUUACAACACUCCAAACACAAACAUAAAACCCUUCCUUUCCCCCCCUUCUUCCUUCUAGAAAAUUUUCCCUCUUCUUUUCCUUAGGGUUUCGGACUCCGCUCCACUGCGAGGAUUAGGUAGUGACUGGUAGUAGAGAAGAGAGUUUACUCAACACCCGGCCUUUUCUGUUUCUUUCAUUUUAGGGUUUAUCAGUAGUCCCAGUCAUAUCAUCGAUAAACCCCAAAAUGGCGUCCCUCGCUGUGGCCGCCGAACGACUCAAGGAUUUGUCCCAGCCUAUUGAUGUCUCCUUGCUCGAUGCCACCGUCGGUGCUUUCUACGGCACUGGAUCUAAAGACGAGAGGGCAGCAGCAGAUAGGAUUUUGCAGGACUUGCAAGGUAAUCCAGAUAUGUGGCUCCAAGUGGUGCACAUUUUGCAGAACACAAAGAAUCUGAAUACCAAAUUCUUUGCCUUGCAGGUAGCUGAUCUUGUUACUGCUCUCAUUCUUGUGCUCAUUUCUACUGCUAUGCCCAAUUUGGUUUUAGAGGGUGUUAUAAAAUACAGAUGGAAUGCAUUGCCAGGAGAGCAACGAGACGGGAUGAAGAACUACAUAUCUGAAGUCAUCGUGCAGCUUUCAAGUAACGAGAAUUCUUUUCGUCAAGAAAGGCUGUACGUGAACAAGCUCAAUGUCAUUUUAGUCCAGAUUUUGAAGCAUGAAUGGCCAUCUAGGUGGCGUAGUUUUAUUCCUGAUCUUGUAGCUGCUGCAAAAACCAGUGAAACUAUCUGUGAGAACUGCAUGGCUAUUUUGAAACUUCUGAGUGAAGAAGUUUUUGAUUUCUCUCGAGGGGAGAUGACCCAGCAAAAGAUAAAGGAACUUAAACAAUCCUUGAACAGCGAGUUUCAACUCAUCCAUGAGUUAUGCUUAUAUGUACUGUCGGCAUCUCAAAGAACAGAGCUCAUUCGAGCAACACUGUCCACAUUACAUGCUUUUCUUUCUUGGAUCCCUUUGGGCUACAUCUUUGAAUCCCCGUUGUUGGAAACACUUCUGAAGUAUUUCCCAAUGCCAUCGUAUAGAAAUCUAGCCCUUCAGUGUCUGACCGAGGUUGCUGCUCUUAGUUUUGGCGACUUUUAUGAUUUGCAGUACAUCAAGAUGUACAACUUUUUCAUGGUCCAGUUGCAGGUCAUACUCCCACCCACCACAAAUAUUCCAGAUGCAUAUACUAAUGGAUCUAGUGAGGAGCAGGCCUUUAUUCAGAAUUUGGCGCUCUUUUUUACCUCCUUUUACAAGGCAAGCCUCCUCUCUAGAUCCUCUUUACACAUUGCUGAUGAUGCCCUAUCAAAUGCUCAUAUUCGGAUAUUGGAGUCUAGUCAGGAAAAUAUAUCUGCUCUUCUGAUGGGUCUGGAAUAUCUCAUUCAAAUUUCAUAUGUUGAUGACACUGAAGUUUUCAAGGUUUGCUUGGAUUAUUGGAACUCCUUGGUGUUGGAGCUCUUUGAGGCCCAUCAUAAUCUGGACAAUCCUGCAGCAACUGCAAACAUGAUGGGGCUGCAGGUGCCCUUGCUUCAUGGCCUAGUCGAUGGCAUAGGUUCUCAAAUAAUGCAGCGGAGGCAGCUUUAUGCUGGUACAAUGUCGAAGUUGCGUAUGCUUAUGAUCUGUCGUAUGGCUAAACCUGAAGAGGUUCUCAUAGUGGAAGAUGAAAAUGGAAAUAUUGUUCGUGAAACCAUGAAAGAUAAUGAUGUGCUUGUUCAAUACAAGAUCAUGCGGGAAACAUUGAUCUACUUGUCGCAUCUUGAUCAUGACGACACAGAAAAGCAGAUGUUGAAAAAGUUGAGCAAACAAUUAACUGGCGAGGAUUGGAGCUGGAAUAACUUGAACACACUAUGCUGGGCGAUAGGCUCCAUCUCUGGUUCCAUGAUGGAAGAACAGGAAAAUAGAUUUCUGGUUAUGGUCAUCCGUGACUUAUUGAAUCUGUGCGAAAUCACAAAAGGAAAAGACAACAAAGCUGUUAUUGCAAGCAACAUCAUGUACGUUGUUGGACAGUAUCCACGAUUUCUUAGAGCUCAUUGGAAGUUUCUGAAAACUGUUGUCAAUAAACUUUUUGAGUUCAUGCAUGAGACUCACCCUGGAGUUCAGGAUAUGGCUUGUGACACCUUCCUGAAAAUUGUCCAGAAAUGCAAGCGGAAGUUUGUUAUCGUACAGGUUGGAGAAAGUGAACCCUUUGUAUCUGAGCUUUUGUCUGGCCUUGCAACCACUGUUGGUGAUCUUGAGCCUCAUCAAAUUCAUACAUUCUAUGAAUCUGUUGCACAAAUGAUUCAUGCAGAACCCGAUCCACAGAAGAGAGAUGAAUAUUUGCAGAGGCUCAUGAAUCUGCCAAACGAGGUUAGUUUUAAGAUAAAUGCUGGACCAAGGGAUUGGUUCUACGACAUUAGACUGCAGUCUAUUUCCCGACUUGCUCACCAAUACCAUCCUCAUCCAUCUACCCUUGGUGUGUUAUGGUUGCUUCGAAUAAUGUCCUUUGGUUUGCAGAAAUGGGCUGAGAUUAUAGCAUCGGCUCGUCAGAGUGUUGAGUUUCUGAAAGAUCAAGAUGUGAUUCGAACAGUGCUUAAUAUACUGCAGACAAAUACCAGUGUUGCAACUUCUCUUGGAACUUACUUCUUACCCCAAAUAUCUCUGAUCUUUUUGGACAUGCUUAAUGUGUACAGAAUGUAUAGCGAGCUUAUAUCAAGUACCAUUGCAAAUGGUGGACCUUUUGCAUCACGAACAUCCUAUGUAAAACUAUUAAGGUCCGUUAAGAGGGAGACACUUAAGCUCAUUGAGACGUUUUUGGACAAGGCUGAGGAUCAGCCUCAGAUUGGGAAGCAAUUUGUGCCCCCGAUGAUGGAUCCUGUUCUUGGAGACUAUGCUAGAAAUUUGCCUGACGCUAGAGAAUCUGAAGUUCUCUCACUUUUUGCGACAAUUAUAAACAAGUAUAAGGCUACGAUGAUAGAUGAUGUUCCUCGCAUUUUUGAAGCCGUCUUUCAGUGUACUUUGGAGAUGAUUACCAAAAAUUUUGAAGAUUACCCGGAGCAUCGCCUCAAGUUCUUUUCACUACUUCGGGCAAUUGCAACCCACUGUUUUCCUGCUUUGAUUCAUUUGUCCAGUCCGCAACUGAAGCUAGUGAUGGAUUCAAUUAUAUGGGCUUUCCGGCAUACAGAGAGGAAUAUAGCUGAGACAGGGUUGAACUUGUUAUUAGAGAUGCUGAAGAACUUCCAGGCGUCUGAGUUUUGUAAUCAGUUCUACCAGACCUACUUUGUGACGAUUGAGCAGGAGAUAUUUGCUGUGCUGACGGACACAUUCCACAAACCUGGCUUUAAGUUGCAUGUCUUGGUGCUACAGCACUUGUUCUGCCUGGUACUUUUCUGCCUAUAUGGUUCUGCUGUGUAUAUAUUUGUGAGUGACUAUAAUGGUGUGGAAGGAUUCCUUCCCUUCAUGCCUACACUGGUUUGGUUGGUGACGGAGAUGAAGUUUGGUCAGGUUGAGAGUGGGGCGCUGACAGAGCCUUUGUGGGAUGCUGCAACUGUUCCCUAUCCUUAUCCUAAUAACUCAAUGUUUGUUCGAGAGUAUACAAUCAAGCUAUUGGGGACUUCGUUCCCCAACAUGACUGUAGCAGAGGUUGGUCAAUUUGUGAAUGGGCUAUUUGAAUCGAGGAAUGAGUUAUCAGGAUUCAAAGAUCGCAUUAGAGAUUUCCUUGUGCAAUCAAAAGAAUUUUCAGCUCAGGACAAUAAGGAUCUUUAUGCUGAAGAGGCUGCUGCUCAGAGGGAGAGAGAGAGACAGCGAAUGCUUUCUAUUCCGGGGCUUAUUGCCCCAAACGAGAUACAAGACGAGAUGUUGGAUUCAUAGAAGCCUCUUUCCCUCGACAGAGCAGCAUAGUUUUUGGUGGGUUUUAACUUUGGAGAGCGGGUCAGUGUGGGGGCGUAUUGAUUCCAGUUUCUUAAGGAGUAAAUGAAUGUUGAAUCAGAUAUACCGCAUUCAUUCGUUCCCUGGCUAGAUCUCCCCCUGAAGUUAUAAAUUAGUAAUGAACGAGCAUGGGCAGCGAAGAUUUGGGCGGAAGAGUGACAUUGGUUCCAAGGGAUGUUGCUAUAUUAGUUGGCUUUUGGGUUGUAGAGUUUGUAGCUUGCUGAUUUAGGGAAAGAAGAUGGUAUUGAUUUAUACUUGAGGGAUCAUUGUGUACGGGUUUUGUAGGGUGGGGAUCCGGCUUCGUACCUGUAUAAUUAGAACAUUAUGAUCUUCAGCAGCUGGGGAUCUAGCUGUUCAAAAGCUGGCUCAGUUUUUUUUUUUGUUUGUUUUCCAUCCCUUUUUCUGAUCUCCCUAUUUAGGUGUGAUGGCUAGAUAUGGAAACACUAACAAUUGGUGUGUUGUGCGGAAAUAUAUAGGGUUUUCAGCACAGCAUCCUCCCUUGAUUAUGUUCUCCCCUGACUCCUCCAGGAUAUGUACACCCUUAUUGAGUUGAUAUAUGUUCUACAUUUAUUUAACGACUGUUGGAGCUGGGUCUUCCUUUGAUCACCUUGUUUUGUAA